AUGUUCCAGCUGCCCAUCUUGAAUUUCAGCCCCCAGCAGGUCGCGGGGGUCUGCGAGACGCUCGAGGAGAGCGGCGACGUGGAGAGGCUCGGCCGCUUCCUCUGGUCGCUCCCGGUGGCGCCGUCCGCCUGCGAAGUCCUCGGGAAGAACGAGUCUGUCCUGCGCGCGCGCGCGGUCGUGGCCUUUCACGCGGGCAACUUCCGCGAGCUCUACCACAUACUGGAGAACCACAAAUUCACCAAGGACUCACACGCGAAACUGCAAGCGCUCUGGCUCGAGGCGCACUACCAGGAGGCUGAGAAACUCCGUGGGCGUCCGUUAGGACCCGUGGACAAGUACCGCGUCCGAAAGAAGUUUCCGCUGCCUCGGACGAUAUGGGACGGCGAACAGAAAACGCACUGCUUCAAGGAGAGAACGCGGCAUCUGUUGAGAGAGUGGUACCUGCAGGACCCUUACCCGAACCCGAGCAAAAAAAGAGAGCUGGCGCAGGCGACUGGACUCACGCCCACACAAGUGGGCAACUGGUUUAAAAACCGAAGGCAGAGAGACCGGGCGGCAGCGGCCAAGAACAGGCUACAGCAGCAGGUUCUGUCCGGUGGCUCGGUCCGAUCGCUGGGGGACGAUGACACCACAGUAGACCGCCUGGGUCCCGCCUCAAGCCCAGAAGUCAGUCUCUCGAGCAAGGCCGCCACCUCCGCCAUCUCCAUCACCUCCAGCGACAGUGAAUGUGACAUCUAACGUGACAGGCUUCAAAAGAGCAAACAGGAGAACUGUAAGAGACAAUCUAACAACAACAACAAAACUUUAGUGCCUGCAACCGGCCCAGAGAGAGGCUAAAAAGAAGGAUGGAAAAAAGCGUCACACAAUUUCAUUUUCCAUUGUGAUCAACAAAAUGCGCAGUGCUUCUCACGAAGAAAGGUGGGAGUUUUGGGAAAAAAUCUUCGAUGUCUGAGGGCCGAGCCUAUUAUUGUAUGUGUGCGUGCUUUAUCAUGAAAAGACUGAAUAAUGUUUUAAUGUUCACUUGUCUUUUUUUAAUAUAUAAACGAUGUUUAUUUACUUAUUUAAAAUAUCAUCGGCCCCUAGGCCUUUUAUUUGUGUGCUUUUUUAUUAUCAUUUUUGUUGUGCGUAAUGCUGCGCGUCGUGAAAUUUCUGGAAAAAAGAUUAAAAAAAAUAAAUGAAUAAAAUCACUGUUGAACUAAGUAACGAUAGCAAAUUCACAACGGUAUUUUCUUUUUACGAUAUUUGAAAUUAAACCACGCAAUAUGUUUUAUUUCAUCUUUAGUUUUAACUUGGCUACAUACGUCUACCAGGAAGUAAACAUACGCCGUUCAAAAUGUGAACGUCAUAUGCUGAAGAACAGAUUUAGAACAGACGGGGAUCAAAUAUGUUGCAUGUUUUAGUGCCCCUCUGCGAGCUCAAUCUCUUUCACACUCGAGCAGUAAUUGGCUAAAAUGCUUCGCGUGGUGUAAUGCGCUCUGACAGCGCAGGGUCAGCGAAAGGCCGAGACGCUCUCCCGGAUGUCAACACAACCCAAGCUGUGAUCUGCUAUUUUGCUAGAAUUUUCUCUCAAAAUUGUUUAUAUUAAUUUAUUAUGGAAUUUACAAAACGGCUACAAUCUGGUGAGUUAAUACCUUGUGGUAUUAAGAUUUAGGCCUACAUUAUUCGACUAUAUAAUAAUAACAUAUUACUUAAUGUUAUUUUUCUAAACAUAUCAUUUUUUGUGAUUACUCGUUUUCAAAACCAUUUUUUUCUCCUUUGUCAAGUGUCAGAGAACGAAAUAAAGAAAGGAGGAAAUGUAUUAGGUUUUAUCCUUCCAUUUCUGUAUUAUUAUGUAGAUGAAUAACAGGCUAUGUUUGUAAAUAUUUCAUAAUAUUUUAAAAGCACGGCCACGCUAUUCUUAACGCUGAAAUCUACUUAAGGCGUUUAUGUCGCAAAUGAGUGAAGGAGCAGGCGCAAAAACACAGCGCCUCUGUUUCCCAACUGCCUGAAGGGUUCACGGCGCGCACCUGGGUUUAACCCGCGCCAUUCAUUGACGCUCCCAAUAAAAAGCACAAGCUGUAUUUUUCAAUCUUCAUUCAGUCUGAACAACG